AAUCAGAUCCUCGUUGGAAGUGCGUAUCGGUCGGAAUUCUUGGCUGCCCGAAUUGUGUCGAUCUAUGCUCGUUUCGGGCUUGUUUUUUAUGCCCAGAAGGUGUUCGACAGGAGCCCAUUUGAGCAUACCUCAAACUUGCUUUUGUGGAAUUCAAUUUUGAGAGCUAAUGUCUCUCAUGGUUACUAUGAAACUGCCCUUAAACUUUAUGUCAAGAUGCGUAAUCAGGGUAUUUUUGGUGAUGUCUUCACUUUCCCUUUGGUUAUAAGGGCUUGUGCGUUUCUGCGUAGUUCUUAUUUGGGAAAGAAUAUUCAUAAUCAUGUGUUACAAACUGGAAAUCAAAACCGUGUUCAUGUUGUUAAUGAAUUGCUGGGAAUGUACGCAAAGCUGGGCAAAAUGGAUGUUGCGCGCCAUCUGUUUGAUAAAAUGUGUGAAAGAAACAAAAUUUCUUGGAAUAUGAUGAUUUCGGGUUUUACAUUGAAUUAUGAUUGUGAUGGUGCUUUUGAGAUGCUUGAGCGGAUGGAAUUGGAAGGUUUGGAGCCAGAUGACGUGACAUGGACAUCGCUGUUGUCGAGUUAUGCUCGAUGUGGGUGGAAUCAGGAAGCUUUGAAGUUGUUUGAUUCAAUGAGGAUGGGAGGAAUAAGGGUCAGUGCUGAAGCGCUUGCUGUGAUGUUGUCUGUUUGUGCUGAUUUGGUGGCCUUUAACAAGGGAAAGUUGAUUCAUGUAUAUGUGGUAAAGUGUGGUUUUGAAAGGUACUUGUUUGUGAAAAACGCUUUGAUUUGUUUGUAUGGUAAGCAUGGGAAUGUAGAUGAUGCACGAAAUGUGUUUCUGGAAAUGGAUAAUAAAAACAUAGUUAGUUGGAAUGGAUUAAUAAUUUCAUAUGCUGAGGCUGGCUUAUGUGAUGAGGCUUCUGCUAUACUUUCACAGUUAGAGAGAUCUGGUAACUCUUCAGCAAUGAGACCUAAUGUGAUAAGCUGGAGUGCAGUAAUUGGUGCUUUUGUGUCCCAAGGGCAAGGGGAGGAGUCAUUGGAUUUGUUCAGGAAAAUGCAACUUGCAAACAUAAUGGCUAAUUCUGUGACAAUUUCCAGUGUUCUCUCAGCUUGUGCAGAGUUAGUGGCAUUGAAUCUGGGUAGGGAAAUCCAUGGUCAUGUAGUUAGAGCCUUGAUGAGUAAAAACAUUCUAGUGGCAAAUGGCCUGGUUAAUAUGUACGCAAAGUGUGGUUGUCUCAAGGAAGGGCAUUUCAUAUUUGAGAAAAUUGAGGGGAAGGAUACAAUUUCAUGGAACUCAAUGAUAACAGGAUAUGGGAUGAAUGGGUAUGGUGAGAAAGCUCUUACAACUUUUCAUGAGAUGAUUGAAGCUGGAUUCCAACCAGAUGGAGUCACCUUCAUUGCCAUUCUCUCUGCUUGUAGCCAUUCAGGGCUUGUUGCCAAUGGUCGAAAAUUUUUUGAUAUGAUGAUCAGAGAUUUUGGGAUUAAGCCUCAGAUGGAGCACUAUGCUUGCAUGAUUGAUCUCCUAGGUCGUGCUGGAAUUUUGCAAGAAGCAAUUGACAUAAUAAAAGGUAUGCCAAUGGAACCAAAUGUUUGUGUCUGGGGAGCCCUUCUAAACUCAUGUCAGAUGCACAAAAACACAAAAGUUGCUGAACAAAUUGCCUCCCAAAUUUUAAGUCCUGACUUGAAUGAAACCGGGGGUUACAUGCUGCUGUCCAAUAUUUACUCUGCAAGUGGGAGAUGGGAGGAUUCUGCAAGGGUGAGAAUCUCAGCAAGGACAAAGGGUUUGAAGAAGAUACCAGGUCAUAGCUGGAUUGAGGUCGAGAAAAAGGUUUACAUGUUUUCAGCUGGGAGUACAAUGCAAUUAGGUUUUGAGGAAGUUUAUUGUGUCCUUGAUGAAUUGGCACUUCAAAUGGAAAGUGAGAAUCAUACAUCUGAUGAUAGUUUUGUUGAAGAAGAUGGUGAAGAAGAGCAGCUGGCAUUGUGGGCGCAGUGAGAUGACAGAUACAUGAGAACAGUUUCCUCUCUUUCUUACUCUCAAUUUUUAGGCUUUAUUUGACAAUGUUUGCACAAAUAUUUUUGAUAAGUCACUUAAUCUAAGAGUAUAAGUUUAUUAUUAUUCUUUCUUGAUUUUUCAAUUAUUAUUUUAUACAUAUAUAUGUGUACUAAUUAAACCCAUUAUAAGAAC